AUAAGUGCGGUGCUACCGUCAUAAUCCUAUCGGUCAUUCAUAAGUUUCAACCUGCACAAAUAUAUAUCUUCUGUUUGGAUCUAGAAGUCAUGACCGGAGAUGAGUUUUGCCUGGGGGCCGUGGUUUGAGGAAAGAUCACUGAUAAUACCCUUGAACUUCUAGCCCGAAUCUGAUUCGCUGGACUUCCACGCCAUUGUUUCUCCUGCGUAAAUGACCAGGCUGCUCUGCUGACUGGGUUUCUCAGAUCCACAUCAUACCACAGUCCACUAUAUACCAAGACCAAAAAUCCUGCGGAAGUUGUCAGCCUAAUCCCACUGAAAAUGUCUGAUUCUCCUUCCGUCCACGAUCCCCUCGUCACUCCGCCGUCAUCCCGUACAGUUACCGUUGUGAGAAAUGAUGACCCGGAAAUCGUUGUGGCACAACCCGUGAUUACAUGGUGGCGCGAUGCGAAAUUCCAGAAUAUUUUGUUGCUGGGCUUUUCAUUUAUGGCCUUAUUCAGCGCAUUUCAAACAUGCGGAUUGAUUCAGACCAUUGUUCUGCAAAGUUUCUUCGGACCAGAUGCCUCGACUUUGGGUUACAACAGCCUGGGUGUUUUAUACGCUGCGUUCGGAAUUGCGAACUGGUUCUCUCCGUUUAUUGUAUCCCUGAUUGGGCCAAAAUGGGGGAUGGUUGCAGGAGGAGCUUGCUAUACCCUGUUUAUUGCUGUUUUUCUGCAUCCUUUUUACGGGACUUUAUAUGCUGGAUCGGUUCUUGUGGGCAUCGGAGCGGCUGUGUUGUGGACAGCACAAGGCGUUUUCUUAACUAUAAAUUCCGACAAGACCACCAUGGCCAGAAAUUCGGGAUUAUUUUGGGCGCUAUUUCAGUCAAGUUUUGUUUGGGGAAAUCUCUUCUUUUUCUUUUAUUUGGGUGGAGCGGCCACGAUCGAAGAUCAUAGCCGAUUUGUGGUUUAUAUUGUGCUUCUGAUAUUGUCGGCUGUGGGCCUUUUAGUUAUGUUCGCAUUCCGACAUCCGGUCAAAGCUGUGGUUGUUACCUCGGAUGAGGUUGUUGCUGAGCCGCGGCGUUCGAGGAAUCCGUUGACCGCAAUAGCUGCCGCAUUCCGAAUGUUGAAAGGACGAGACAUGCUGUUGUUGUCCAUCACCUUUGCAUAUACAGGUUUUGAGCAGACGUUUUAUUCGGGUGUUUAUGGCACGUCGUUAGGAUACACUAAGCAGUUCGGGGACAUACGCAAGAGUAUUGUUGGAUUGUCCGGUGUUUUUAUUGGUGUGGGCCAGAUAACGGGUGGUUUGCUUUUUGGUAUUCUCGGAAAGAAAACGAUUCGCCAUGGUCGGGAUCCUAUCGUUCUGUUCGGUUUUAUGGUCCAUAUCAUUACAUUUUUCUUGAUUUUCCUCAACAUUCCUUUUGACGCACCGCUGCGGGAUUCACAGUUCGCAGCGUUUAUCCAGCCGAACAUUUAUCUUGGCGUGUUUUGCUGUUUCCUGCUGGGAUUAGGAGACGCGUCUUUCAAUACCCAAGUAUAUUCCUUGCUGGGCAGCGUAUUUCGGGCCGACAGCGCCAGUGCAUUUGCGUUAUUUAAAUUUGUCCAAUCGAUAUGCGCAGCCGGAGCAUUCUAUUACUCAUCGGCAUUGUUCCUCCAGUAUCAGCUGCUAAUCCUCUUAGUGAUGGGCACCCUGGGAACGUUUUGCUUUUGCUUUGUGGAAUGGCGUCAUGCAGCCGACGAUGAUUUGGAAACUAAGGAGUGACCAUUUGUACACGGCUUUUUAUGUCUGCAUUCCAAAUCGAGUGCCUUACCGUGCUGGUAAACACUGCUCUUUCCGGUGACUCCGUUAAUAUGCUCAACAGUAAAAUGAUUUGAUUUUUUUACUUAUUUAUUGAAACGUUGGCUUUUCGGUUAGGUUGAACGUUGCUUUUAUACGUUUGAGCGUUUCAUGCCAUUACUGUCGCAUGUUUAUACAGUUUAAAUACAGAACUGCAACAUGAUUGUCAAUUAAAAGAUUGAACAAG